AUGUUUGAUUCUCACGAGUCAACUGAUUUUCUUCGUUGUGUCGAUAAAUUGAUAUCAUCCAUUAAAACGUUGAGCAAGCAUUUAUUGUCGUUGGAUUAUGAUCGUUCACAUCACAACGGCUAUGAUAUGAAUGAUACUAAGCAACCCACAAAAUUGAAGGCAAUCAAAGAUGCGUUAAAUACAUUAAAUCCCGCUGUUCAAACAGCUCUUAUUCACAAAGAACAACAAGUUAAACAUUUUCCGGAACAAACGAAUAAAAUUAAUAUAUUAAUUGAGGAACUUUGUUCAGAAUAUGAAAAAUUACAAAUAAAUUAUAAAAAUAAAUAUAGUGAAUUGAUCAAAGAGACUAGACAAUACAAAGAGUAUAAAUAUUUUAUUGAACAUUUAUCAAAAUGGUUAACAUCAACUAAUGAAAAUAUUAAUGAACUAUUAAAAACAAAUCUAGAUGAAUUGACGAAAUAUAAAUCGUUAUUAGAACGUGCUACGUUACUUAAUCGUGAUAUGUUAUUAAGUCUACCAAAUGGUGAUCAUGCUGAUCAAAUGAAAAAUGAAAUUGAACUCGUUAAAGAACAAUGGCAAUCAUUAAUUGACUCAUUAAAUAUGCUUAAAGAAAAACAUGCAUCUCGAAUUUCAUCUCCUGAUCCAACAUCAAUGUCAACAUCAAAAAUCAAUGAUGAUAAUGAUGAUUCGAGAUCAAAAUUAUCCAAUGAUCAUUUUAAAACUUUAGAAGAUAAUAUUCAAUGUUGGAUAGCAUUGACGAAACAAAUUCUUAAUCAAAAAUGUUCAGUAUUUGAUGAAACAUCAAGUGAAAAUCUCAUAUAUCAAUUGAAAGAUUGUGAAAAAGAACUAAAUCGAUUAAAAAUCCACAUCAUGAACUUAAUGGAUGAUAAAAAUAAUGUACAAGAAAGAAUCAAGUUUUUUAUGGAUGAAUUGAAUACGCUAGAAGAACAAGUCAAAACUGAACGUUUAAAAUUAGAAAAUCGUGUUGAACAAUAUCGAUGUUUUUGGGAUGAAUUAACAAGUUUAAAUGAUUGGUUAAUUCGGUUUAAUAAUAAUAAUAAUGUUGAUGCACGAACUGUGGAAUUAGCAUUAACUCAACGACAACAACAUUUUCAAGAUGUUAUUUUAGAAUAUAAACAUUUAAAAGCAAAUUAUAAUGAUGAAAAUGGUAAAAUAAAUAUACCAGAUACUUUACAAAUGAAAAUUGAUUCAGUAUUAAAUAUGUGGGAACAAUUAUCAACUAGAUGUUUCAAAGACAAAGGUGAAAAAAUCGGUGAUGAACAACAACUAUCGUCGACUUUACUUGCGAAUGAUAGUGAAUUUAAUCAAUUAUUAACAGAAGGUGAAUUAUUAUUAGAAAAAAAUGUUUACAUUUUGGAUAAAAACGACAUUCUUCUUCUUAAAACAAGUAUAGAUAAUUACCUUAAUGAAUUUGAAAAGAAAUAUGAAGCACUUUCUGGAAUGUUACAUGUGAUCUGUUCAUCGCCUAAAGAACAACAAUCGAUUGGAUUUACAUCGAAAGCUUUCAACACCGAAACUUCAAGUAAUACAAUUAGAAAUGCACUUCUUCAACGUCAAAGAACCUUAUCAGAAAUGUUAAUUGAUACAGAUUCAAUAGAAAAAUUACGAGUUAAUUUUGUGGCACAUUUUAGUGAUAAUGAAAACUACUUUGAUGAUAAAUUAAUACCGGUGAACGAUAAAACAGAAGCGCAUGAUGCUCUAAUAGAAAAAUGUCAUCAAACGCUCAAGAAAUAUGAGCAUACACAAGAUAAAACAAAUAAAAUUCAUACAUUGAUUGAGUGGGUUGAGAAAAAACAAGAAGAAGAAAAACUUAAGAGUUCCAACACCAAUAAUCCUGAUUUAUCUGAAAAUACUGAAUUAGAAAAUAUUAAAGCACCCAUUGCUACUCUAGACCUUUCAAAAAGUUUAGAUGAUUUUGCAGACUACAUACAAGAAAUUGAAGCCAAUGUUGCUACAUUGAAACGUGAAGCAAUGAGAGCAACGCAUGACCCAUCUACUGAACAAACAUAUCAGACUGUAUUAAAACAGAUUAAUGAACCACCUCAAAUAAGUAGUUAUUCUCAGCAAUUAGAACAACGUGCUAAUGAGUUACAUCAAAGAUGGAACCAGAUUCAAGUAGAAAUGAAGGAGUUAAAAUUGUUGAUUACGGAUCCCAAAAGUGUAAAUGAUUUAAUUGAAAACGUCGAUAGUUUAGUUAAAAAUCUUCGUGAAAAGGAAGAACAAAUCCGAAUAAAUAAUAAUCAGAUAAUAGACGACUAUACUCAAAUACCAAAUUUUAUUAAUGACUGCAAACGAAUUAUCACCGAACUCGAACAACAACGCUCCGUUGUGGAAAGAAUAAUCAAUACAGGAAAACAAAUGUAUCAAGAUAAAGAUGUUAGUAGCGGUACAGAAAGCGCAGACGAUACUUAUGUAGUGAAAAAACAUUCUGAUUUAACUUUACGAAAAGUUCGUCGUAAUGUUGUACAACUUAGUCAACGAUGGAAAAAUGCAAAUUCACAAAUUAAAGAUCGUUUAAAGCAUCUACAACGUGCGCAAACGAAUAUUGAUGGCUUAUUUCGGAAGUGUGAUUAUUUGAACAAUCAACUGAAUACUUAUGAUCUGCAAAAACUUCAACAGCCGGAAGUACGUUCAUUAACUGCAGAGCUUACUCCUCUUGAAAUUGAACAAUCAAAGCUUCUUCUAGCAAAUUUAAUGUCAUGUAAAGCCGAUAUUGAUACUGUUAAUCAAAUAGUAAGAAAUAUUGACUCUGAUUACAAUAUAUCUCCUUCUGUACAACAAACAGGCCGUAUACAAGACAUAAACAAUCGAUGGAACUAUUUGAUCUCUUCUGUAACUCAACGUGUUCAACUUUUGCAAGAUUCAUUACGUUACUCUUCUGAAUCAGACAGAGAAUCAUCAGCUUAUUCUCACUCCGUCGAACCGCCUUGGCAAAGGUCAACAGCGUCAAACAAAGUUCCUUACUAUAUCAAUCAUUCCGAUCGAUCAACUUCUUGGGAUCAUCCAAAAAUGCUCGAUUUAAUGCGUUCAUUUUCUAAUUUGAAUGACAUCAAGUUUUCCGCUUAUCGAACUGCGAUGAAGUUACGCACAUUACAAAAACGAUUAUGCCUUGAUUUAACACCGCUCGGAAAUAUCAUUAGUGUAUUUGAACAACAGCCAACACUAGAUUCUGUCAUUUCUUUAUCAAACUACGAUAAUCACAUUGAUGUAGCAAAAAUUCUACAUUAUUUACAAAAUAUAUUUGAAAAAACAUCAAUUGAAUAUCCACAGUUAUUAAAUGUGACAUUAACAGUUGACUUGACAUUAAACUGGUUGCUGAAUGUUUAUGAUACAUCUCGAACAGGAACAAUUCGUUUAUUAUCAAUAAAAAUUGCAUUAGCAUUACUUUGUCGUGGAAAUAUCGAAGAGAAAUAUCGAUAUAUUUUUUCCCUCGCUGCUAGUGAAGGCGAGGCAAAAGAUAUGGUUAAUAGAAAGAACUUAUCAAUUUUGUUCCAUGAAGCAAUAAUGAUACCUAAGCAAUUGGGAGAAGUAGCUGCAUUCGGUGGUUCCAGUGUUGAGCCAUCCGUUAAGAGCUGCUUUGAAUACGCGAAUAAUCCUGAUGCUAUCAGCGCUACUGAUUUUCUUGAAUGGGUAAAACUUGAACCUCAAUCGCUUGUAUGGUUACCUGUUAUGCAUCGCUUGGCUGCCAGUGAAAAUGCUAAACAUGAAGCACGUUGUAAUAUUUGUAAAGAGUAUCCGCUUAUUGGUUUUCGUUAUCGUUCAUUGAAACAUUUCAAUUGCGAUAUUUGUCAAAACUGUUUUUUCUCUGGAAAACAAACAAAAUUUUAUAAACUAGAUGAUCCAUUACAAGAAUAUUAUACAACUACAACAGCGUCUGAAGAUAUCCGAGAUUUUUUUCGAAUAUUUAAAAACAAACUCUGGUCUAAACAUCGUAAACAACCAAAAUUAGGAUAUCUUCCAUUACCGCUAUCAUUCGAUGAAACAAAUGAUUCAAUAGUAGCAGCAGCUACCGUCACAACUUCAAAUCAAAACUCUACUAAUAUCGUCAAUUAUUCACCAACUCCUGCUACUCGCGCAUACACUCAGCAGAGUGUAGUUGAGUCAGAUGAUGAGCAUUCAAUUAUUGCUCAACAUUGUCGAAAUUUGAAUAAUUUUAUUCAGUCAUCCCCUCGUCUACCAACCGCGUCAAUGUCAUCAACAGAACUAUUAACACGAUCCUCAUCAUUAGACAAUGAACAACGACAUGAAUUAGAAGCAAUAAUAACAGAUUUAGAAGAUGAAAAUCGUUUAUUACAAAAUGAAUAUAAUCGUUUAUGUAAACAACAUAUUGAAAAAUCACAAUUAAUAAAUGAACAUGAACAUUCGUCUAAUGAACAAAUAAUGUCCUAUAAUGAUUUAGAAAUGUUACGUGAAGCAAAAUUAUUACGUCAUCAUAAAUGUAAAUUAGAGGCGAGAAUGAAAAUAUUGGAAGAUCAUAAUAAACAACUUGAAUUACAAUUGAGAAAAUCAAAGCAGCUACUAAGACAACCGAAUACACGUUCACCAGCUCUAUCACACCAAUCAGUCAGACAAAUGAGCCUUGGACAUAUGUCAGUAGGUGGUGAAAGUAGCAGUCCAAUUCACACAUCAGGUACCUCUUUAAGAAGAUCGGUCGAGCGAAGCUUGGAACGACAGCCAAAUCUUAUUACAAUCGAUAAUUUGUUUUCAAUGGCUGAUGAUAUAAAUCGUGCUGUAGUCGAUUUAGUACAAAUUAUUACUGAUCACAAUGGUCAACCUACUCAGCAACCUUCUCAGCAACAUCAUCGACGCCAGCCAACAUCUGACAAUGAAUUAAAAACGUGA